CAGGUGAAGCUCCAUACAGAGAAAAAGGUGGGGCAAGACUUUUCAGAAUUUAAAGCCAUAUCAUAUAAAACUCAACCUGUUGCUGGAAUAAAUUACUUCAUUAAGGUUAGUCAAAAACGUUCCACACCUACCCCUCCCCUAAGCCAACAUUGACACUUGCUUCUCACGUAGAACAAAAUGUUGGCUUAGGGGAGGGGUAGGUGGGCAGUUUCCCAGAAACGAAUAAUAAUCUCGAUGUGCGCUGGAUCUGCAGUCAGUCCCACAUUGUACUCAUUAUGACAUUCACGGAAGAGUAGGGAGUGGGGGUAUAGGGGAAAUGGCAAGCAUUGUGUUUGCCAAUUAUUAUUCAGUUACAUAAUGAUUCCUGUUAGUAUAGGUAAUAUAUAGAUUUAGCCAGGGCUAAAAGCGAGGCUCCCAUUAGUAAAUUUAUAAUUUAAAUUAAACAAUAAACUUGUAUUCGAAUUCCACAAUUCAGUUAACUUUAGAGCACAUUUAUGUGACUUUUGAGGGAAAGGCUACCUGAUUUUAGAGAAAAAUAAUUUGCAAACAGCCCAAGAGUGAACCAAAUCUUACAUCGAGUUGAUAGCCUCAUAUGUACACUCAAAAACUGGUAAUCAUCUUUUAUCACAUUUAAGAGCCGUAAUGGCUAUUGAUCACCGUAGAUCAAUUAGGCUUAGAAAAAAAAACCAGGCCAACGUUUUGGCGUUCGACAAGUUUACUUUUUGCAAAAUCUUGCCAACAAAUCUGGGUGCGUGUAAACCAACCUUUUAUACCUUGGACAGAAAGCAGUAUUUCACAAUACAAAUUGCUCUCAUUCAAUAUUCAUAAACUGUUAAAAAAUUUUCCAAAAUCACCUAUACGGCCAUCCGGUUCUCACUUUUGUAGUGCGAGCUGUAGCGAGUGUUUGAAUGAACAUUAACAGAGUUACGCUCCAAGAUAAUAAAGAAUUUAUCAUGUUUAUUUUUAUUUGAUGGUUUAACGCGCGGCAUUUUGAGAACUCCUGCAAGCGAUGUUCACUGAACGACUGAAAACAAUCGGCAUAGCGAUUAAAAUUGCAAGAGAGACUACCAACAAUCAAUAAAAAAGAAAUAUAAUUCGGUGAAACAUAAACAGAGACAACAAUUUUCAUUCAGGAAGACAAGUAUUAAAGUGUCCCUAAAUAUCCUGAGUCUUCAAGCUUCAAACUUAAGUUUGCUGAAGUUUAUGUUUUAAGCCAGCUUCCCGGUGUUUGUUUUUUCAAAGACGAACUCGAGGCAAGAAAAUCGCUCAAAGCUUUCUUUUCCGGCUAGAAUUAUAACUAAAGAUUCUUUGGAACAUUUUCUUUCUAUUUGCGGUGAGAAACUGAGCUAAACUGUCUAAAGGCUUUUUAAAGUUCUGUAAGAUUAUAUCAAACCAGAUACUCGGUGAGAUCGUUGUCUCAAAUCUUACAAACGCGCAUAAACUAAAUUCCCGCAUAAACUACGCUCCACUUCAUUAAAUUAGAUACAAAAAACAAACAUGAAAUACAAUAAUUUCUCUGGCUUACCAUUCGAGAUGCAGCUCCUGAAAGUUAUCAGGUAAAGCCAGUAUCGCUUCAGACUUUGCAAUCCUCUUACGCAUCAAGCAAGGUGAAAACGAAAACGAUGCCAUCCGAAAUCGGAUUUCCGACUUUGACAAGCGACGUUUUCUCAACCAAAAACCCAAUAAACAAACUAGCCAUGAGUAACAGAAGACUCCUGAUAGCAGCUGAAUUUCAUUUUGUACAUCCAGUGGAAAAAGACAGUUAAAAACAUCACAAGUUGACACAAAACUCUGUCAGCUUCAGCUGUUAAAGUAAGCAAGAUUCAAGAUGCUGCAUAAAUUUUGCGCUGGCUGAAUUUUCACGUCCGAGGUCAGUUUGCAAUCAAAAUUUUAAUUGUGCAGCACAUAAACACAACAUAUUUCAUAUGAAUUAAGAAAAAAAAUUGAACUUGAGCCUGCGAUCACUUGAAAACUAGUUUACUUGUCAGCGGAUAACUUCAAAAAAUACUUGACCUCGACGGGUCGACACUUGAGCCCGCGAUACGGUCAAGUGAUACUGGUCAGCGGGUACUCUGUUUUGACAGCUGUCAAUUGAUCAAAACAUUGAUGUCCAAUAUGUGUGCAUUAUCAGUUUUCCUGUGCUCCCAAACUAGUAAAAGUAUGAGAUUGAACGUUGUUCGCGAUCUAGUAAAACAGUUAACUGGUCAGCGGACAGCUUCCAAAUAAAUCACGUCACCUCGAUGAGUUGACACAUGAGCCCGCGAUAUGGUCAUGGGAUACUGGUCAGUGGCUAUCCUGUUUGGACAGCUGUCAAUUGACCAUAUUGUUAAUGUCCUAUAUUAAAGAUGUGGGCUUGCCAAGACACGCCUGAGACACCCCUCCCUUCCUUUUGAUAGUCUCCCCUACCCCACCCAUACAAUCUGUGGACGCGUACGUACGUACGUACGUACGCUCGGUCAAUCACGUGACAACCAAACGAAAAGAGAUUGACCAUAUUCCAUGGGUAUGGGGCUCUGUCCCACGCGCGCUUCGCGCGCGCGGGAGCCCCGCUAAUAGCAUGAUUGGAAGUGUAUUUGGCAUAAAUACCACGCGUGACAUUUCGAAAUUGUUAUACGUAAUUUCACGAACCGUUAGGCGAGUGAAAAUUGAGACAAUUUUGAAAUAUCAGGAGCGGUAUUUAUGCCAAAUAUCACGUACAAUCAAGCUAUUAUUUGUUUACACUACUCAGACCCACAAAAGGUUUGUAAUUUUUGCAUGCAGGUAUUUCAAAUUACGCCGAAAUACCACUGCUCUAAGCAAUCAAAAGCAGAAAUUUCUCAUGUAUUGAUAUAAUAAAGUUAAGUCAAGCGUUGUCUGUUUCCAUAAUCAAUAAUAUUCUCAUAACACAGCAUUCCAGAGAAACGGUCUGCCCGACCGAUGCGGUAUUAAUUUCAUAAAUCUUAUAUAAAGGAGGAUCAAUAGUUUAAAAUGAGGUUUAGUUAAGACAUUGUCACCGGCUUAACUCAACAACAGCCCCACCCUUCGCGUCAACUUAACGCUUUCUGACGUGAGCAAUGGAUGCAGGGCCACUUUGGAACUUUCACCCGAUGUAAGGGAAUCCGGAUUGCGGAAUCCGAGAGAUUUUUGCUUACGGAAUCCGGAAUACAGCUCAAGGAAUCCGGAUUCCGACUAACCAACGGAAUCCGGAAUCCGGAAUCCAGUACCUUGGAUUCCCUAACAUGGAGUGGAAGAUUCUUUCAGGUACAGCUUAGUUAAAGAGGCUCUGUCACUAAAUUCAGGCAGAGCUAAAGACCUUUCGCUGGUCUCGCACGGAAGGCUGCGCACGAAAUAAGUGCUAUUAAGCCACGCUAAGGCCCAUUUCGAACGUCGUGCUACUGUCGUGCCGAACUUAAUUGAUCGCCGAAUCAAAUUCGACUUUAGCACGGCAAUAGCGAGAUGUUUGAAACCAAGUCGUGGUUCUGCCGUGUAGCACGGCAAAGCUUUCCGUGCUACACGGUAGUAGUUCGACUUGGUUUCAAUCGUCGCGCGACUCUGGCUACUGCCGUGCCGAACUCAAUUCAUAAAUAAUAAAUACAUUAGAAUGCAUUUAAAAGUUUGCUAAACCGUUUCUUUAUUUUUGCGUUUUGUUUUCGGCAACAGCCGUUCUCUUCAGUUCGACUGAAUUAAAUGCGACGUCUGAAACCAAGUCGUGCAAGCGUCGUGCUGCAGUCGAGGCAGCUUAGCAAGGCAGUAGCAUGACGUUUGAAACAGGCCUUAUAUUCAUUCAAUUUCCGUUUUUUUUUCUUGAAUCGGCGUAUUAGCCAUCAAUCUCGCUUCCAUGCUCUUUUACAUAAUUAUCUAUUAGAACGAAUGCGUGUCUGAUCACAGGCUCAACUAAAGGUUUUCUGAUGUCUUAAAACUCAAGAGUAACAUUGGAUCAAAAUUCCACGAGCAAUGAAAACCACUUACAUUUAUUUACAUCUUUUAUUAGGGUCUCCCUAUCAAGUUGAUUUUUUUUGCAUCGACAUUUUAACAUUUUGAAUGCUGAAACUUCAUAAUUGACUCACACAUUACAUAUUGGAUCUACAGUGCAAUCUCGAUUUCUCGAACUCUAGGUGUUUCGAAAUCCCCGAACUAAACCUAACUUUCUUUACGAGCCACACAGUGUAAUUUUACCUCCGAUUUUUCAAACCUCCCCAUCAUUCGAACCAAUUUGAUUUUCCCAAUGUUGUCCGAUAAUUCGGGUUUCCACUGUAUACCUUACUCGAGGGUGGGUCCUUUAAACUGUUAAAAUAUUUUACCUACAGGUUCAUGUUGACGGUCCUUCCUACGUUCAUUUGCGUGUUUUCCAGUCUCUGCCAUGUGAUGGAUCAACUCUUUCAUUAGAUGCUAUCGAGACAGGAAUGACCAAGGACGAUCCCAUCAACUAUUUUGGCUAG